GUAAGUAAUUUGUAUAUCUUUACACAAAAUAAACUACAAACACAUUCCAACUAUAAGAAGCUAAAGCAUUAAAAAUGGCUUCAAGAGCUUUGGUAACAACUGCUUUUCUCCUUACGUUAAAUCUUCUUUUCUUCACUCUAGUAUCCUCUACUAGUACCCCAAAAGGCUGCCCACCUCCACCAAAACCACCAUCACCAGGGUGCCACUGCACAUCACCACCAAAACCUCCAACUCCUUCAAAACCUUCAACACCUUCAAAACCUCCAACCCCUUCAAAACCUUCAACACCUACAACACCUUCAAACCCUCCCAAAGCCACUUGCCCAAAAGACACUCUUAAAUUGGCUGUGUGUGCUAAUUUGCUCAACAACCUUCUCCCCAUAGUCAUUGGAAGCCCAUCAAAGACACCAUGUUGUUCCCUCCUUUCUGGCCUCGCAGAUCUUGAUGCUGCAGUCUGUCUUUGCACUGCCAUUAAAGCUAAUGUCUUGGGAAUCAACCUCAACGUUCCUGUUUCAUUGAGCGUGUUGCUUAACUACUGUGGAAAGAAGUCCCCAUCCGGCUUCCAAUGCUCAUAGAUUUUGAAAGGUUAAAAUAAUAGAUUGUUGUGUUUUGGAAUGUUUUUAAUUAUGUUGAUGUGAUGUAAAGAAUCAUGUAGGAUAUGAUUUGAGAAUAAAUGUGUGCUUGUAUUUUGAGAUUUUAAUGAAUUUACAACAGUUCCAAAAGGUAAAUUUUACGAAA